CCCUAUAAGCAAAUGUAUUAAAUUUUCGAAACUCAAGACACAAUCAUAACCAAUGAGACCCUACUUGCCAAUCUUGCAUAAAUCAUUAUUUUUGCUCAGAUUUCUCCUUCAAAGCUGUGUUUUAGUCUCUAGGAAUCAAUGCAGGGCUCCAAGGAAUACAAGAAGCAAAGGCUUCAACUGAGAGGAUGCAGGGCCUUGUGUUGCAGCUGCAGGCUUAGUGUUUCAUCCUCAGAGGGAGCUGAGAGCUCGAACUCAGAACGGUUUGCGCCAAUAUCAAGCUUGGCACAUGCCAUGGUGCAAGAGAGACUAGAGCAGAUGAUUAGAGAAAGGCAAGGGGCUAGGCAUGAAGAGAGAAAGAAAGCAAGAGUUGGAGGGACUAAGUUCAUUGUAAUGAUGGCUAUGGAGAAGAGCUCUUAUGAUCCUAGAGAGGAUUUUAGAGAGUCCAUGGUUGAGAUGAUAAUGGCGAAUCGGAUUGAGGAACCAAAGGAUCUUCGUGGCCUCUUGAAUUGUUAUGUUUCGAUGAAUUCUGAUGAGUAUAGGGGAUUAUACUUGAGGUUUUUCACGAGAGAUGGAGAAGGAUCUAUAAAAAGAGUACCAACAUCGAACCGAUUUCAUCUUUCAAACUUGAGAUUGAUAGGGGUCAACGGAGAAGCUCUAAGCAUGGGUAUCUUUAUGCUUGAACAGCUUACUAGUCAUCCAAGAUGGGUUCCCCAGAUUGAAAAAUAUAGAUCUGAAUUUGUGAUAGCAAAGAUGGUGAUUGGGAAGAAUGCAAUUGAGUAUAUCACAAUUUUUGUCCACCUUUCCUUAUUAUGUAUCAUAAGGACUAUUGUUGCUGCAAACGCUGCCACCAUCAUUGCCGAGGAUUAA